AUGCCUCCAGGCCCAAAACCACUUCCAAUUAUUGGAAACAUGCAUCAGCUCUUUGGCUCUCUAGCACAUCGAACCCUAAGAGAUUUGGCCAUUAAGUAUGGGCCACUGAUGCACCUAAAGCUAGGUGAAGUAUCCACGCUGGUGGUAACUUCUCCAGAGGUUGCUGAAGAGUUCAUGAAAACACAUGAUCUCCAAUUUGUCAACAGGCCUCAACUGAUAAGCGUGAGGAUUUUCAAUUACGAUUGCACUAACAUUGCAUUUGCUCCAUUUGGGGAAUACUGGAGACAGCUGCGCAAAAUCUGUGUCAUGGAUCAGGGAUCAACAGUUAAUAUUAGCAGAAAAAUCUUCUCGUUUACGUAUGGCCUUGUUGCAAGAGUUGCUUUCGGCAAGAAGAGCAAGUACCAAGAAGAAUUCAUCUCACUCAUGGAGGUAGCUUUAAAGAUGAAUUCAGGUUUUAAUGCAGCGGAUGUGUAUCCUUCAGUCAAAAUCAUUCAAUGGGCUAUGUCGGAAAUGUUAAAAAAUCCAGGGGUGAUGAAAAAGGCACAAGAAGAAGUGAGAAAAGCUUUUGAUGGAAGCGGAAAUGUCCGGGAGUCAGGACUUCAUGAAUUAAAGUACCUGCAAGCAGUGAUCAAAGAAACUUUUAGACUACAUCCCCCUGUUCCGCUGUUACUCCCAAGGGAAAGUAGCGAGCAAUGCAACAUUAAUGGAUUUGAAAUACCUACAAAAACCAGAGUUAUCAUCAAUGCUUGGGCAAUUAGCAGGGAUCCCAGGCACUGGACUGAUGCUGAGAAAUUCAAGCCUGAGAGGUUUCUCGAUUCUACAAUCGAUUACCAGGGGAAAGAUCUCAAAUAUAUCCCAUUUGGCGCUGGAACUGGAAGAAGGAUAUGUCCAGGCAUAGCACUUGGUCUAGCAUCAAUGGAGCUGCUGCUUGCACAAUUGCUCUAUCAUUUUGACUGGAAACUUCCAGGAAAACUGAAGAACGAGCAGCUAGACAUGGCCGAGGCCUUUGGUUUGACUGUCAGGCGAAAAAAUGAUCUGCAAUUGGUUGCAGUUCCCUACAAAACUGGUUCUUUAUUGGCAUAA